CUUCUUUAUUUAGUUAUUUAUUCAUUUCUUUAUAAUUUUAUUUGUUGAUGCUGUCCUUGUAGAAAGACUGAGUAUGUGGGAUGCAUUUGAAUACUUGAACUCAAGUUGCUUCUAUGGCGGCUACAGUUCUGUAGUUCUUAACGCUUUCUUGAUUUAAUUUAUAACAGGAAGAAAUCUCCAGCUUUAUUUAAUUUGCAGAGUUUUUCCAAAAGUUGUGAACUUGAAGAACAAACCCAAAACAAGACUUAGCACACCAACAUCCAAAAAAGAAAAAAGAAAUCACCUAGUUAGCUGCUGAAGAAACCCCUGUUAAUAUCUGGGUUGCAGCUGUGACAAAAAGGAGAAGUAGAAGACAGAAAGAGAGGUGGAAAAAAGAGAAGCUGUGCAAGCUAAGAAAAGGAGAGAAAUGAAUUGUGAGGAUGGAAGAACUGUGUUGGGUUCAUGAUGAGUAAUGAUAAUGAUGAGACAAGGAGGUUUAGGUGGCUCAAGAUGUCAAGACUGUGGAAACCAGGCCAAGAAAGACUGUAUUUACUUGAGGUGCAGAACUUGUUGUAAAAGUAAAGGGUUUCAGUGCCAAACACACGUCAAAAGCACCUGGAUUCCUGCUUACAGAAGGCGCCAGAGGCCUCAAAAUCUUUGUUCUUCUGCUGCUGCUCUUGCUAUUCAACAACAGCACCCUCAAAGACAGAACCCUAAAAGGCUUAGAGAAAAUCCCUUGACAGGUAUAGAAGUGGGGAAUUUUCCUGCCCAAGUGAACUCCAUAGCUACAUUUCGUUGCUUUCGUGUGAGUUCCAUUGAUGAAGCAGAAGAUCAGUUUGCAUAUCAGACGAGUGUGAGUAUAGAAGGGCAUAUUUUCAAGGGCAUUCUCUAUGACCAAGGUCCUGAAGAAAGCUCCUUCAGCCACCUGCAAGACCCUAAUCUCACAAAUGCUGGUGCCCUAACCAAUUCAACUGCUUUAGCUCCAACCUCUUCAUCAGUUGCUGCAGAUUCACUUGGUCCUUCAUACCCAUUUCCCCUUAAUGCUUUCAUGUCCGGUACGCAACUUUUCUUCCACCCAAAAUCAUAGGACUCGUUUGGUUUCAUCGCUACAAUUGGAGCCCCCAAAAAAAAUCUGAAAUUCAAUAAAAAAAAUCAGUUGUUUUUUUUUUUUUUCUUUAUUGUCAAUUUGAUUCGAUUAUGCAAGGAAAUUCCCAUCUUCCCUUUAUCGCCGUAGCUAUAUAUAUCUACGUUAUUAUUAGUGGUCUUUGAACUGGAAAAUGAAUAAGGGAGAUCAUGAUCAUCAUGUUCAUUAAUCGUUCAAAUUUCAAUUAUAAUACAUAUAUUUUGAUGAUCAA